AUUAAAUUAAGCUUUUAUCUGCAUAAAUGACAUUUAGGAGAUAACGAUCUUAAAUGUUCUGCUCCUGAAAUUUACAAAACGGGAUAUUUAUAACAAUUGAACAUGUGCAUUCUGUAAAAAAUACGGAAAUUAUGUGCAUGAAUAUAGUUGAUUAUGUUCAUGUGUCAAAUGUGUAUUAAAUUUUUGUAACUCGCGCGUAAGAAGACUCGAUGCAGAAAUUAUUCCGAUAAUACUGAAAACACGUUUUGGCAGUAAUUCGAAAUUCGAAAUGAGAGUGUUUUAAGUACAAUGCAGUGCGAAACCUUCAAAAGCCCGUGUAUAUUCGUACACGGUGAGACUUUUGAUGAUGAAUUAGUCAUCGAAAAAAUGAUGAGCUGUAAAAACGCAGCAUCCACCGGGUAUCAAAGCCUGUUGAGCGGUGCGAGCCCCGUAAAAGCUGCAGAAACUGCAUUGUGGUGGUUGGAAUGCGAUGAAUUCUUUAAUUGCGGCUACGGUUCAGUGUUGAAUGAAAUAGGCGAUGUGCAAAUGGAUGCAAGCAUAAUAGAUGGCUCCAAGUUGGAAUAUGGAUCCGUCGCGGCGGUAUCAGAUAUAGAACAUCCGAUAUCUCUUGCCCGAUACGUUCUUGAUUGUUUUCCCAACUCCAUCAUAGUGGGAGAAGGUGCAAGACAAUUAGCGAAAUAUGCGGAAUUAGAUUGGCUAUCUAAGGGAGAUAUGGUAGCACCGGCAGCGUAUGUAGCUUAUAAAUCAGGAGGAACGGAUCAUUCUGACGUUAACGCGAAUAUUGAGAAUCAGGCAGAAGCAUUAAAAAACGGUGGAAGCGUCGGUUGCAUAGCUUACGACGGUCACAGUAUUGCUGUAGGAAUUACAAGUGGUGGUUCAAAUAAAAAAUUAGUAGGAAGCGUAAGCGGGUCUUCCAUAAUGGGCUGUGGUGCGUACGCCGAUCGAAAUGUAGGGUGUUCUCUGACAGGUCACGAGGAAUCUAUCAUGAAACUUGGUUUAUCGAGGGCCAUUGCGAGUGACAUUGAAGAAGGACGCUCUCCGUGGAAAGCUUUAAGAGAAAAUCUCGAUUACAUGUUGAAUAAGUACAAUCGUACCGGUGGUGGUGUUGCGUUUACAAGGUCUGGCGAAUGGGGCAUCUAUUUUACCGGUAAUAGAAUGCCGUAUGCUAUAAUCAUGGACGAUCGCGUGACAUUCGGUGCAGCUUUAGAUGAGAAGAACGUGGAGAGAUAUACCGAAUAUCGUAAACGUUACCCGUGCAACUGCAAUUUUCCCUUUGUAAAUGAAUUCGCAUCACGACGUAUUACAAUCUGCCUUGCCUGUUCUUUAUUCUAAUACGUGUUUUUUUCUU